AUGUUGUCUCGUCGAUCUUUUGUCUCUCCUCACAGUCACUCACCGGAUCUCGCCUCUGCCUCGCCGUCUUCCGCCACUACCCUCCGUUCAUCACCGGUUCUCACCUCCCCUUACCUUCCAAAAGAACCAAAAAUUCUCCUCCAUCAGUCCCUCGCCAUGGCUGCUCUUGACAUCAACUCCCCUCUUUUGGGAUUGCUGGAUCUAGGUUUAAAGGUUAGAGUGGCUUCAGACAGCACUUCAAGCCCUCUUCCGAGUUGCGAGGUUCUGGAUGUGGAUUCUUCGAUCCGAAAAGCUUGUAUUUGUAUGGCCUUCGUUGGCAACUCUCUCGCCUUGGUGCGAUUCUUUACGGUGGUAUGUUGCCCGUUUCACUGUCUCACUCUAGAUUUCAGAGGCUUAAUGUCUCGUUCUUUCCGUGAGCCUCUAUCAUCAAAGACUAACUCUCCGAGUCUAGCAUCCUUCCCAUCAGACCCGUGGUCCUUGCCUCCUACACCGCACUUCCGCAUAUCCAGUCUCUAG